AUGUCGCGAAUGGAAUUGUAUUCACCGGAGGGAUUGAGAAUAGACGGAAGACGAUGGAAUGAGCUUCGCCGAUUCGAGUGCAGAAUCAACACACACCCAAACUCAUCGGAUGGGUCAUCAUACGUUGAACAAGGAAACACCAAGGUGAUAUGCACAGUUAUUGGACCCAUGGAACCUACAAGCCGAGCACAAAUGAAUCAGGAUAGAGCCAAUGUUGAAGUCAAUCUUACGAUUGCCAACUUUUCUACUUUUGAACGGAAAAAACGGUCCAAAACCGAGAAAAGACUAGUUGAACUUCGAACUACUUUGGAAAGAACCUUUGAGCAGCUGAUAUUAUUACACUUGUACCCUAGAACUAAUAUCACUAUCAAUGUUCAAGUAUUGAACCAGGAUGGUGGCAUGCUUGCUGCAGUGACCAAUUCAAUAACGUUGGCGUUGAUGGAUGCAGGUAUAGCAAUGUACGAUUACGUGAGCAGUAUUAGUUGUGGUUUACAUGAUCAAUCUCCAUUGCUUGAUUUAAACAAUUUGGAAGAAAAUGAUAUGAGUUGUUUGACUAUCGGAGUUAUUGGAAAGAGUGAGAAACUUGCGUUGUUGAUGCUUGAAGAUAAGAUGCCCUUGGAUAAUUUGGAGAAAGUGUUGGGCAUUGCAAUUGCUGGUAGCCAUAGGAUUAAGGAUUUGAUGGAUAUGGAAGUGAGACGACACGGAAGUGCGAGAGCAGCAAAGUUGGUGAAGUAG